AUGAACAACAGAGGGCCCAAAACCGAGCCCUGUGGUACUCCAUGCUUAACGCCUCUCAGCCUCGAGCCAGCACCUUUCAGCUGCGAGUUUUGUGACUUUAAAUGUGCUCAGUCAGGUAAUUUGAAAUCACAUAUCAGAACACAUACAGGAGAAACACCUUUCAGCUGCGAGUAUUGUGACUAUAAAUGUGCUCAAUCAAGUGCUUUGAAAUCACAUAUCAGAACACAUACAGGAGAAACACCUUUCAGCUGCAAGUAUUGUGACUAUAAAUGUGCUCAAUCAAGUGCUUUGAAAUCACAUAUCAGAACACAUACAGGAGAAACACCUUUCAGCUGCGAGUUUUGUGACUUUAAAUGUGCUCAGUCAGGUAAUUUGAAAUCACAUAUCAGAACACAUACAGGAGAAACACCUUUCAGCUGCAAGUAUUGUGACUAUAAAUGUGCUCAAUCAAGUGCUUUGAAAUCACAUAUCAGAACACAUACAGGAGAAACACCUUUCAGCUGCAAGUAUUGUGACUAUAAAUGUGCUCAAUCAAGUGCUUUGAAAUCACAUAUCAGAACACAUACAGGAGAAACACCUUUCAGCUGCGAGUUUUGUGACUUUAAAUGUGCUCAGUCAGGUAAUUUGAAAUCACAUAUCAGAACACAUACAGGAGAAACACCUUUCAGCUGCAAGUAUUGUGACUAUAAAUGUGCUCAAUCAAGUGCUUUGAAAUCACAUAUCAGAACACAUACAGGAGAAACACCUUUCAGCUGCGACUUUUGUGACUAUAAAUGUGCUCAAUCAAGUGCUUUGAAAUCACAUAUCAGAACACAUACAGGAGAAACACCUUUCAGCUGCGAGUUUUGUGACUUUAAAUGUGCUCAGUCAGGUAAUUUGAAAUCACAUAUCAGAACACAUACAGGAGAAACACCUUUCAGCUGCAAGUAUUGUGACUAUAAAUGUGCUCAAUCAAUCAGGUAA